AUGGUCGAUAUCCAAGCUGACAUUGCACAAUCAUCGAGUGAUGGAUUGGCGACAAGGUCACGACUGUGUGGCAGUGGUCCAGCGAGCAACAGCGAACAGAACAAUGGAGCAUUGGGAUUGGGAUUGGUCGAUCGCAAGUUGUUCAAACAGAAGAUCAAUGGAUUGUUGAUUGGUCAAUUGAUAUCACUAUGUAUCUGUGGCACUGGUGUAUUCAGUCAGUUGUUAUCGAUGAACUAUAACAUCAACAUACCAACAGCCCAAUCAUUGCUCAACUACAUUCUGCUAUCAUUCUACUCGAUCAUACUUUGGCGUCGUGGUACCCUCUGGCACAGCCUUCGCACCAAGUCCAUAUUCUUGCUGCCACUGGCAUUGUUUGAUGUCGAAGCCAACUAUGUUGCUGUCAAGGCCUAUCAAUAUACAACGAUCACAUCAGUCAUGUUGCUGGACUGCUUCACCAUCCCCUGUGUGGCAGUGCUCACACGUAUCUUCCUAAAGACACGUUAUACACUCAUUCAAAUUGUGGCCAUUGUCAUAUCUAUGGCUGGUCUAGUGAUCUUGGUCAUCUCAGACAUACUACAAGGUCAAGAUGCCAAUGGUGGUUCAAACCCAUUGCUCGGUGACAUGCUAGUACUUGUUGCAUCAGUACUCUAUGCCAUCUCAAAUGUCGGACAAGAGUACACAGUCAAGAGUUAUGACAAUGAGACCUACCUUGCCAUCAUCGGUAUCUACGGUACCAUCAUAUCUUCAAUACAACUCGCGAUAUUCGAAAGGAAUGAGUUGAGGACCAUGGUUUGGAGUGGACCCGUCAUUGGAUAUAUUGUUGGAUUCGCUAUCUGUUUGUUCACAAUGUACUCAAUCACUCCGUUUAUGAUGAGGAUAGCAGGUGCAACUUUGAUGAAUCUAUCAUUGCUCACCUCUGAUAUCUUUAGUGUGGUUGUGGCUAUAUUCCUAUUCCAUCGACGACUGGAUUGGCUCUACUUCAUGUCAUUCUUUGUAAUUGUAUCAGGUCUGGUCAUUUACAACUUAUCACAGCCACAUCCCAAAUCAUUAUUACUGCCCAAUCUGGAGGGUCUGGACAACAACGACGAGUCAUCAGCUGCGGAGGACGAUGACGAAGGAGAAGAUCCACUUAUUAUAUCAACUUAUAAUGGAACACCACCGCUGUCACAUCGCAAUGUCCCUGCUGCUAUUCUACAUUUACAAGACGAAGUUGUAAAUAAUGUCAAUGAUGACGAAGAUGCCUCCUCCUCAUCAUCCGACAUCCGCACAAAUCUGAUAGGCAACAAACAACAACAAUAUCAUCAGACUUAG